GAGUCAACAAGUUCUGGACCUGGUAGCUAAGCUGCAGUGUAGACUACCCAAAGGAUCGAAGGAGUUGGAGUUGAAAGAUGCCGGGAUGAACUUGAGCCUCUCAAGCAUCCAGGCAGAACGACCUGUCGUCCCCUCCCUCCCUGCUGAACCCCGGGGAGUGGGCAAGCGAGACUCAGGGAGGAGGGAGGAGGGUGUGAGUGGGCCGAGCGGUCCAGGUCCUUCGCUCCUCCUAUCGCAAACCUCACCGCAGCCUGUUCAGUCUUUCGUCCCGCCGCUCUCCGCAGGGUGGAGGAGAAUGGACAAGGAGGAGGUCAAACAAGAGGAGAAACCAGCGGCGGCCUCGAUUCCAGCAGAGGAAGCUGGGGAGGAGGGGGAAGAAUCUGGUCCUCGAGUCAGGAUGUUUGAGAUUGUCGGAUGGGAUGACGGAGAGGGCGAUGUUGAGUUUGAGGAGCUUGAGAACUUUGACUCAGACGAUCUCUGGACAAGCAAGGCGUUCUUUCUUGUGCGGGGAGGGGAGGCAGCAUCGAUCUUGUGGAUUGGAAACGAGUUUGCUGACGGGCUGGACGACGAGGAUAGGUUCGCAGAGGUGGCGGUGUCGCGUUUUGAGAAGCAUCUUGGACGAAGUGUGAAGUGCGAGGAGAGACUGAGGGAGGGGGAUGAGGAAGAUGAAUUCUGGGACCUGUUUGAGCUGGGAUAGCUACUUUCUCUGUUGUGAUUAUUGUUUUUUACACUCUUGUCAAAAUU